AUGUUCCGUCAUCUCAUUCUUUGCUCACUCGUAGCGACUGCAUUAUGCGGACCAAUCGGUGAACGUGAAAAACGACAGGCUUGCGGAGUAGCAUGCCAACAAGCUCCACUCUACACAGUUGAAAUUCAACAGUUCAACGCCCCUCAGCAAUCUCCUUGUCUCUGUGCACCAGCUCAACCUGCUUGUGAUUGUGUACCAGCUCAGCAGCAGCCUCUCUGUGAUUGCCAAGCAACUCCAUCUUGUUGUGUCCAAGUAGAUAUCAUCCAACAAGAUCCAUGCGCUGCUUGCCCCCCACAACAUAACCCAUGCCCUGCCUGCCCACAGCCAGUACAGCAAAACCCUUGCUGCCAGCAAGCUCAACCUGCUUGCGAUCCUUGUCCACAGCCCGUUCAACAAGCACCAUGUUGCCCACAGCCCGUUCAACAAGCCCCAUGUUGCCCACAAGCUGCCCCACAAGUCGGAUGUACUGUAUGUGUCGAAAUUGUUCAACAAGAGCCAUGUCAGCCUUGCCAACAAGCUCAACCAGCCUGUGAUUGUGCCCCAGUUCAACAAAAUCCUUGCCCAACCUGCCAACCAGUAGUUCAGCAAGAUCCAUGCGCUUGCCAGCCAGCUCAGGCUCCUUGCCCAGCUUGUCAACCAGUUGUCCAACAGGAUCCCUGCCCACCAUGCCAGCCCAUUCAGCAAAACCCCUGCCCAACCUGUCAGCCUGUAAUUCAACAAGAUCCCUGCCCAAGCUGCCAGCCUGUUAUUCAACAAGACCCCUGCUGUCAACAAGCCGAACCAGCCUGUAAUCCAUGUGGAGCCGCAGUUCCUGUUCAGCAAACUCAAGCACUGAUCCAGAUUCAACAGACUCAGACUCUCCAAUGCGCUCCAGCGUGUCAACCAUCCUGCCAAUCAAGCUGUACUGCUUACUACGACAACCAGAUGACUCAAUAUAGCACUGCUACUACUUCAUGCGAUGCUCAGAACUGUGUCUGCCAAAGAGGAUACGUUAAGUGUGCUGAACAGACUUGUUGUCUUCGUUAUCGUUAUACCCAGAAAAAGAGCAAAAGAUCCGUAGCAUAA